GUGGCUGGGGAGGCGGAGGCGGAUCCGCUCCGGCUCCGGGCGGCGGCGGCCCCUCCACUGCGCCAACCUGCAGGCGGGCUGGCGGCGGCCCCGCCCGGCCGGCCGCGCUCCGCGUGCGCGGGGCUGCGCGGAGCCGAGCCGAGCGGAGCCGAGCCGAGCGGAGCCGAGCCGAGCGGAGCCGCGCCGCGCCCCCCGCCGCCGUCCCGGGCAGAGCCGCCAGGAGCCGCCGCGGGCUGCAGCUCGCUGCCGGCAACAAGCAGCGGCAGCAGCAUCUCGGAGCGGCUCUUUGCUCAGCGCCCUUUCUUCCCUCCCAGCCCUCUCCCCUUUCAUACCUGCAGCCUUGCCUCCUCCCUCCACUCCUCCUACCUCGCCGUUUCUCCUUCUCGCCUGCUCUUCCCCUCUGCUGCUUUUUUCUUUUUAGGUUUUUUCCCCUUCUUUCUUCUUCCCCCACCCUUCUCUUUUUUCGGACCCCCUUCAUCCAGUGCCUCUAAAUUUCUUGGUUUCCCCUGGUUUUUCCUUGGACUCUGCCUUGUCAUGUCAAGAUGGAAGUCAGGCAUGACUGGCUCUCCUCGUCCCCCCAUGAGGGCUUCGAGCAGAUGAGGCUGAAGAGCAGACCCCGGGAGCCCUCCCCGAGCCUCACCCGCGUAGGUGCGAACUUCUACAGCACCGUCAAGCAGCAGGACUACAGUGCCAGCGUCUGGCUGAGGAGGAAGGACAAGCUGGAGCAUUCCCAGCAAAGAUGCAUUGUGAUCUUUGCACUGGUAUGCUGCUUUGCAAUUCUGGUUGCACUGAUAUUUUCGGCAGUGGAUAUUAUGGGAGAAGAUGAGGAUGGACUCUCAGAAAAGAACUGUCAAAAUAACUGUCGGGUUGCUCUUGUGGAAAAUAUUCCUGAAGGGAUCAACUAUUCAGACAGUGCACCAUCCCAUUUGUCUCUUUUCCAAGGCUGGAUGAAUUUGCUUAAUAUGGCUGAAAAGUCUGUUGACAUAGUAUCUUCCCAGUGGGACCUCAAUCACAGUCAUCCAUCAGCAUGCCAGGGACAACGUCUUUUUGAAAAAUUGCUAGAACUGGCAUCCCGAAAUAUUGAGAUAAAAUUAGUGAGUGAUAUAUUGCCCAUGGAAUCAAAGGUAUUAAACGACUUGAAAACAAAGGGUGCUGAAGUGUUGUAUAUGAACAUGUCAGCAUAUAACGAAGGUCGGCUUCAGUCAUCCUUCUGGAUUGUCGAUAAACAGCAUGUGUACAUUGGAAGUGCCAGCCUAGACUGGAGAUCAUUGGGACAGAUGAAGGAACUUGGCAUCAUCGUCUACAACUGUAGCUGCCUGGUCCUGGAUUUACAAAGGAUAUUUGCCUUGUACAGUUCAUUAAAAUACAAGAAUAAAAUACCUCCGAGUUGGUCUAAGAGACUAUACGGCGUGUAUGAUACACAAAAUAAACUGACACUGCAGCUGAAUGAGACAAAAUCAGAAGCUUUUGUGUCGAAUUCACCUAAACUCUUCUGCCCAAAGGACAGAGUCCUGGAUAUUGAAGCUAUAUACAAUGUUAUUGAUGAUGCAAAGCAGUUUGUAUACAUAGCUGUCAUGGACUACUUGCCUAUCGUCAUUGACACAAAUGCUAAAAGAUACUGGCCAUAUUUAGAUGGGAAGAUAAGAGAAGCUUUAGUUUUACGAAGUAUUAAAGUACGACUUCUCAUAAGUUUCUCAAGAGACACAGAUCCCCUUACAUUUAAUUUUGUUUCGUCUCUCAAAGCUAUUUGCACUGAAGUUCCCAGCUGUAGUUUGAAAGUUGUUUUGUCCUCUGUGAAAGGCUUUUUCAUGGUGGUUUCUUUUCAUGAAAAGACCACUUUGGCUAAGUGGUUUCCAGGAGGUGCCCAUGGCUUGCUGCAGAGUACGCUGCAGCUGUUUUGCCAAAGGCAGAAGCCCGAGAAAUUCUUUGACCUCGAAGAAGAGAGUGCAUGCUUUCUUAAAGAACAGAAGAACGCUUCUCUCCCCAAAUUAAAUCGUAACAAAUAUAUGGUGACUGAUGGAGCUGCAUACAUUGGUAAUUUUGAUUGGGUAGGAAAUGCUUUUACACAGAAUGCUGGAGCUGGCCUUGUUAUCAACCAAGCAGACGCGGGGAACAGCACAAGCAUCAUUAAGCAACUCAAAGCUGUUUUUGAAAGGGACUGGUAUUCACAUUAUGCCAAAAGUUUACAACCAACAAAAAUCCCAAACUGCUUUAAUCACAAACUUAAUAAAGCAACAUCAAAUAAGACUGCCAUGAGCAAUGUGAAUUAGAAAGACUAUUCUACUGCUUAGUAUGGCAAUGAAGAAUUACAGUGGGGUGUAGCCCUAUUUCAUACUUACAGAAAAAAGACUUAAAGAAAAACAGCAAAAAAAGGGUUUGGUUUGGGGGAUUUUUUUUUGUUUUUAGGAAAAAGCACACAUAUAAAAAUGUCUAAACUAUAUUCUCUAUAUUGAAUUAUUUAAGACUUUCAAAUUUGUCACUUCUGACACUGAACACAAUUUCUGCUUCCAUGUUACUUUUAAGGUUCCACUUUUGAACAUAACAGCAUGCAUCAAAUUUUCAGUUUUAGGGCUUUCCUUACUUCCCCAUCCUGGCUAGAACGAACCCAGAGGCAGAACCAAUAUUCAAGCUACAAAAUGGCAUUCUGAGAUGUUAUUACUGACAUAUAAGUGGAUGGGAGCUUCCCCCCCCCCCAUUAAAGGAAUAAGCAAACAUUUGUCCAUAUAAAUCAUUCUCUUUAAAUAAAUGACCAGUCACUCAGAUUUUUAUUAGUUCUGAGCACAUAGUUUGAGUAUCACUCUAAGCUUUCUAACUAUCCUUAAAAUAGAUGAGUUACAUGACUGGUAAUGCAUUCAUCUCCUAAGAGUAUCAGAAAGUUUUGAUGAAUGGGGGUUGGUCUAAUCAAUUCAUCAUAAUCCCUAAAGCUUCUCAGAUGCAUGGAUUUCUAUCAAAGUAAUUCAAAUUUCUUUCAGCAUAACCACUUACUUCUAAUUAUACUAGUAUGUAACUAUGAAAAUCUCUGUAUUGUGAGUAUGGUAAAGAUCAAGGACUGACUUUUCCUGAAAUCUGACAGUUUUAUUUUCCCAAUUUAGGUAUAUAUCAACUGAGAGUCAGCAGUUGUGUACAUACGAUUAAACCAAUGCAUAUAUUAGUAUUAAAUACUGCUUUUUAGAAAGGUCAAGGGCUGUGCAAAACCAAACAACAGCAGUUAAAUGACCAUACUUUCUGCUAGCCAUCACUUCAAAAAAUUUUUGCAAAGUUGUAUUUUGAGUUUAAAUGUCACCAUAUAGGUGAAUACAUCAGCACAAACAGGAAUGUGAUGCUUUCAUUUGGGCCAGUUUCAGUUGGUGUUAAUUAGUGUGCCUCUACAAACAUGGCUCAGUUGCAGCAAGAAGCAACUGUUCUCUAAACUGCAAAUUUGCUCUUUAAAAAAAAGACAAACAAAUUUUCAAAUGUUUGAUGAUUUUUUUUCCCCAGCCUGAGCUGUAUCAGCUUAGUUUCUUAACAAAAAGGUUUCCUUACUAUCUUUCAGCUUCUGCUGAAGAAAUAUGGCUAUGAAAGCAAGCUGCAUUCUGCAUUUUGUUAAAACAUUCAUGUAACUUUUUCCAAAAUGCAGACCAUUUUCACCUGGCUGUAUGUUGUUGAAAGCAUACUUUGAAAGCCAUAGGGUAGCAGAGAAAGAAAAAAAAGAAGAAUGUCCCAAGGGACUAUUUUAAUCUUAAGAACGAGUUAAAAACCCAGCUUGACUUUCAAGACACAGAUUUAAUCUGCAAGGUUGGGGAGGGAGUGGGGGGGAGGGGAAGGUUUUACUUUAAACUAAGCACAGUUUAGGAAAUCCUAAAAAGAGAAUGCCAUUUUUUGACAAUUACCAGCUAGAGAUACAUUUCAAAACUAGUUAUGUCUGCAAAAGACCCAUUUUGGUAAAGAAUGUUCAUUUCUUUUAGAGUUUCCCAGAUCUGGAUCAUUUCAAUGAAAAAAAAUGAAGUAACAAGAAAACAUUCUCUAAAAUCUUUGUCAACUUUGGCAGAAGAUAUUCCACAGUUUUAAUGCUCUAUAACAUUUUGCUAAUAUUAAGAUAAGCCAAUGCAAUUCAUUAGCUUCCCCCCUCCCCGUGAAGAACAGCAUAUAUUCUGACAUUAAUAAAAGAAACAAACAAAAAAAGAGUCUAAAGAGAAAACAAACAUUACCUGAGCUGCUGCGGAGAGAUCUGUCUGUUUUUUCUUUGUUCUGUAUAUAAUUUUAGAAAUAAGUACAGCAGCCAUAGGAGAAUGCCUCAAAUGUUUUUAAUGGAAAUAAAUGUUAAUGCAGAUUAUUUUCUGUUGAAACUCUUACUGAUUUCAGCUGAGUUACACCACCAAUGAAUUUAGUUUUCAUAGUCAAAGGGAGAGGAAAAAGAAAUUUUUUUUAAGCUGGUUGAGCUAUCUGUGAAGUUUCAGGAGGACUCUUAUGUGUGGGCAAUUUUAAAGCUUGAGGUGAACUUAAUACUGAGUCCUUACAUAAGAUUAAAAAAAAAAAAUCCAUCCAGAAUUGUCAGUUGUAAUAUCUGAUGGCAAUAAUAUACAAGAAGAAUGAAUCAAUGUAAUAUUUUUCCCUCUUGCAUUAUGGAUACUAGAAGUGUGUUAUGUUUUUGCUACGAUGUUUUGUACAAAUAAUGAAGAAACUCAGUGCAACAGAAUUUUGUCAAAUGAUAAAGCUAAGCUGUCUGUUUUCAAAGCAGGAUUCUGUGACAACAUGAGAUUAUAGAGUUACCACUGACCUUCUAUAUCUAAUAUACCAAAUGAGUGAUUCAGAUGCAGUUGCACUGGCUAGAUUCUGGGCCAAUACACUCAUGAAGAUUAACUGGGUCCAUUAGUUUGUAAGUGCAUUCUUACUGGCUUGAUAAACACAUUCUGGUGCUUCAAUGAGUGAGAAAAAAGCUCAUAUGGAAAAGUACUUUUUUUUAAUAGUAGCAGUACACUGUUUUUAUGAAUGGACACCUUCUAUUGGGAAAUAGUGGUCAGCCAUUCUACAAUGGGACUGGCAGGCACAAGUUUCAUUUGGUAUAAAGUAUGGAUUAAUAAUUUAAUAACUGUUUAGAAUGGCAGCAGCUCCAAAGUAGUAAAGGCGGCUUUGGUCUGUUACGUUAGCCAAAAGAAAGUGCAUCCUUGGAUUUAAGCAAGUAGAGACUUAAAGAAAAAUCAGAUUCUUUUUUAAAUCUGUUAAAAGGAAUCAUAACCAAUUAUUUGUUUGGGGUUAGCACUGUUACUGUUUAACUAACUUUGAUAUAGCAGGCUCGAUUCUGACCUCAGUUCUUUCUACCAAUGUAAACUUGGAGCAAUUCCAUUACAGUUAUUUCACAUUGGUUUAGCAGUGAUCAGAAUCUAGACAAGUUUUUUCUUGCUUUAGCUCUCCUGAAUACCUCCAGUGCACAGCCUAUUUCCAACUUCAACAGGAGCUUGCAUUCAGUAGUUUCUUAUAGAUAUAAUCCAAGAGAUGCACUUUCUCUAACCCCCUUCUAACUGGCAUUGGUAACUCUGUCAUAUUAAAGGCGAUUUCCUAAAGAGAACGGCUUUAUUCUUAAAGAAUAUACUGUAAUUGUUGUUUGCUGCAAACAUUUACUAGUGCCUUAUUCAUACACAAGUUUUUGUUUAACUGUUCCUCAUGUGAAGUCCUGCUAAGGUCUUGUGUCUAGUACUGAAGCAUACAGCGAGCUUCCUAAGACUACACAUUGUGACAUUUACAGGCUAAUAUGUAAAACUAGAGUCACAAAAAGACAAAAAUCGAAUGAGAGGUGGGUCCCAACCAAGAGCACACCUAAACCUGAGUGUUUUUAUCCAAGUCCAGUUCUAGAUCUAAAUUUCAAAAAUUACUCCUGCCUUUAUUACAAACUGAUCCAAAACAUGGUCAAAGCAUUCUGUCCUGCUGAGGUCUAAAAGUAAGUAAAAUCUGAAUUUCCCCCAACAUCCGGCUGAAAUCUAAAACACCACCGCCACAGAAGUUCCUUUAAGCACAAGAUAAAGUCCAAAACUCACAGUGCCUACUUUACAGAUGUUGCAUAUCAUACUAAGUUGUAAGGUUUUGGGGCAGGCCACCACUUCUGUCUGCCUAUAGCAUAUGCUCUUACAAUGCUGCAGAUUAGGUACAAGUAGGUAUUUAGGGUUUUGGUUUUGGUGUUGGGUUUUGUUUUUUGUAAACAGGGAGAAAAAGAGGCAACAGAGCAGGCCUACAACUUCGUUAGUCCCCUGAAGCAUGGAACAACUAUCGACAGCUACUCUCAUUUUCUCUCUGAAGACCCAACAGAACAUACCUUGUGUGCUAGUUCAUAAUGGUCACAGCUGUACCCUGACAGGAACAGGCUGAAGUUUUUGUCUCAUUUUUUUCUCCUCAACUGUUUCUAAGAAAUGCAUCUUCUUUGAACUGAAUUUGGGGCUGUGUGGUAUGAAGUUUGCACAAUAUAGGGCCUCACCUUCCUUCCAGUAAAUCCAGGCUGUAUGCGCAGUUCAGAGGAGAGCUUGAGAAGAAGUUUUCAGCAUUAAGACCGACCCAUUAUUUGCAUUCCUGCUAUCUCCAUGAAUUCUUCUACCACUGUGUUGAGUUUCACAUACAUAAAAACUGAACAGCUAAGCUCUGUGUAGAUGUUCCCUGCCAUUUAACCCCAAUCCAAGGAGAAAUACAGAUAGAGAAUUUCUAGGAUUUUUUUUUUUUUUGUGACUUUAGUGUGUACUUGCUGAAAAUAGCACAGACUUCCUCGGUAAGAUGGCAAAACAUCAGCUGGCUAUUCUAGUUCUUCAAAUGAAGCCUUUUAUAAAUAUCCCCCUCUUGAAUAACAUGCACUUGACUCCUGAAAAUGGCCUUAUGGAGACCACCAAGUUAUGUUAACCAUUCUGGACUUCAAAAUUAACCUUUCAUUUUAGUACAAAUUAUUGACUACAUGCAUAGUAUGUUUCCAGAUGGCAAUUGCUAGCAUUGCGUUUCACUUCCACUCCUGUACUUUCUAUACAUAUAUACACAUUUAAAAAAAAAAAUCACUGUUAAUCCAAUUCAAUUUAUGUAAAAAGCAAGAUGAAUCCUUGGUAUAUUUGAAAUUCACAGCCAUACUUCUCCAAGUUGAAUGCACCAGUAAACAUAUUCCACUUUAACAUUGCGUAUUACGGUAGCUCUACUGAUACUGUAGAGUGGUUGCGUUUCUUAGCAGUAACUUUCCACUUUAAUUACUGCUGGAUGUUAUUUAUGAAUUUCUCAGUGUUAAAAUCAGGUUGCUCUUGCAUUAUCACUUUGCACAAAUGCCUUAGAAGCUUGCCAAACUAGCGUGAAGAAAACAGAUUUUGUUCAAAAUAGUUUAGACAAGAAAAGAAGAACGCAUAUGCUUUACACUGUGUGGAUGUUCAAGUCAGUAGAUGAACCCCAGUCUUAAAACACAGUGGAGCUUUCUAGAGUAUCUCCUGUUUGAAGCCCAUGCAGGGCUAAUCCAAAUAAAACCUUUGAGAAUCUUAUCUUCAGAUCAGGUCUUCAAAGACAAUCUGAGGCAACAAUCCAGUUUUCUUGAGUGUUUCAACAGCGUAACUUAAUUCAUAUUUUUAUGAAAACACAUUCUAUUCCAUGUCCAUAUGCUACAGCUCCAUUAACAUACUAAGGUUAGGUUUCCCUUAAAAUUCAACAUAAAAAUAGGACAAGAUAAGCCUCGGUGGCCUAUUUCUCUAUACCUUGUUAAAAUUAGACUUAGAAGUGCAACUCAGUUCUGGUUGUGUAUUAUUCCACUAGCCAGAGUCUGCUCUAUUUUAUUCACAACAAAUACAACACUGCAGCUUUUGAGGUAUAAACUCACUAAUGUUUUUAAUCCUGUAAAAUGAACAUGUUAAUCUUCACUUUAAGAACAGAAGUAACAUUGACAGCUGAUACAGGCUACUGAAUGGAACAAAAUAUAAUAAAAUGGCCCACAACUAUAGCAUUCCAGAAGAUUUUUGUGCUCCUAUUGACAGAAGUUUUAGCUGCAUGACUACAAAUGUAAGUAAUAAAAAUUAUCUGCAUCAUGACUGAGUUGCAUGAACACAUAUUGGUCACUGCAUCUCACAGCAGUCCCUGCCUUAACAGCUUAAAUGUAAUUAGGGAAGAGAGGAAAGGGGGGGAAAAAAAUAGUGACAGAGGUCAAAUCAACUUGAAUCACACUAGGUCAACAGAGUGGGUACUGGCCUAAAGCCUCUGGGCUAGGUUCUCAUUUUGUCCUUUCCACUGCAAGAUCCUGCAUUUCUUAUCCAUCUACUCUACUUUCUCUCUAUGGGUGACCUCCCAUGAAUGAUUUCAGAAUGAGAGGAGGAAAACAUUAAAUACCACAAAUUUAGGAUACUCAACAGAGAAUAAAAAAAAAAAAUCAGGAUAAAUAUGAUCCCAUCAGUUUUUAUGCAACAGGCACUGUGACGUAAGCAGUACUGGAAAUGGGGCUUGCUCUUGUACAUAAAAAAAAUUUUAGCACUCUUCCCACACUAAUAUAAACAGAGGAUUUGCAGCACAGCACAUGCCUACAAAUGAUUACAGCACAUGCAGCAUUUGUUUAUGUUCUCUCAGUACACAAAUAUAGUCAAGUCAAAUAGCUAUUCAUCAGUCUGAACUCUUCAUAAACUGGAUGAUUUGAAACCUAAGCCCAAAUAUCAGGCCGUCAAAUUUGACAAAUGGAAUCAUUAAAAUGAAACAGUAACUUUUGGCAAAGAUGUUAACUAUAUAAAGUACAUAAGACUGAGAAGCCCUUGUUAAAUUUUCAAACGCAACUUUGAGGAACUUCAUGGGGAUAUUAAUGGGGAAAGGGUAUUUAUGUCAAAAGAUUACAGGCAUGCACCUUUAUAUCUAAUGUUGUCUAAGGCAGCCAGCGUUUAACAUACAAAGUGAGAAGCUCCUCACAUGGAAGUAUGUGGCACUAGACUUUAAUGACUGACUUGCUAACAAAUGUUUUGAAGUGAAUUUGCUCAGUGUUCAGUUAUUCCACAUUAUUCUGCAUUUGUAUUUCUUCAAAGGACACUCUACCUGUAUUUGUGGUUUUCUUAAAACUUGAAAACUUGGCAGAAAAGCAGGAUGCUCCCUAGAAAUGACAGCUGCUUCUUUCUGAAGGUCAGGGAGCCAAUCUCCUAAUCUUGCCUGCCCUCUUGCUGUCUUCUGCUUCUUCAACAGUCCAUUGCAGAUUUUCACUUGUCAUUGCCUGAGGAAUACAGAAAACAAAAGAAAAUAUUUUUAGUAAUCUGUUUCUUAUGAAACCUGCUGGCUGCUCAGCAAGCUUUUGCCCUCUCAGAAACCCCUUACCUAAUGUGAUACCCAAGAAAGCAUAAUAAAGGAGUUCAAACACAUCAUGAAGGUGCCUAACAUAACUCUUCACCUGGUGAGACCCAUAUGCAGAAGUCAGAAUAAGGGAUACAGAAGAAAGAAGAAAAAAAUAAAAAGUUUAGCAAAUCUAAAAUGAGGUGGGGUUCCUUCUGCUGAUAUAAAUACCUCUUCCGGUGGCAUCAUUUAUUCUAAUGUUAACCAUUUUUAACUAUACAACCAGAUUUGUAAUGACUGCAAUGUGCAGGUAACUUCAGCAUGAGGAGGUGAGAGGAUAAACACCCCAUUAACCAUGCUCCUCCUCCUUGGGAAUUAAAUUAAUUUCUUCACUUGGGGGGGGGCGGGGAGGGGGCAGGAGGAAGGCAGGGAAAAUUGAGAAAUGUACUUUCUCCUCUGUCCAAGGAAUAGCGCAGACUUCUACCAGAACCAGAGCUGGUAGGGUUUCCAGAAAAAGCAAAGAUCCUACACAUGCAACUCCCAGGAAUUCUCAAAAGGUGGUGCAUACCUGUGGAAACUUGGGCCUCAGCCUAGUACCACCUUCUUUGUAACAAACUGUCAGACUUCUCAGGAGAGCUCUUCUUCCUCCUCCCUACUCUACUCCAAGUAGCUGUGACAUCUGCUUUCAGCAAUCUCUUGAAUCUUUCAUUUUAAGAAACUCCCAGGAUAGUUAAGACUUAGGCCUGUGGAGAGAAAAAUAAAUGGCAGAUUCAGCCAGGGACCCAAAGAGUCUAGCGUAAGUAUUAAAAUGCCUAAGAAAUCAAGAUCAAAUAACAGAGCAUGUACUCACUUUUACCAACGCACACACAUACGGCGCAAGAGAAAAAGAGAGUAAGAGAGUGCGAGCACACACAAAAAUCAGAAAAAAAGGGGAGGCAAUUACCUCAAAUUAAUGAAGUUGAAAUUUAUAAAUAAAAAUGCCAACUGUUAUGUAUGAGGACAAUCCCCACAUCUAAACUGCUGCUCUUAAUAUAACAGAGAUGCAAUAGACAGUAGUUUUGAUAUGUUUUGCAAAGUAGGUUUGGGCAUUGAAAGUCUUAUGUCCAUCUAUGGAUGCAUUCAGCUUAAGAGUUAGGCAAGAAAAAGGGCUCUCCAUGUAUUUACAGAUUCUACUGUCAAAAAAUCAUUAAAAAAAUAGCCACUUCUCUCCUCAUCUGUAUAUUCAGAUGUCAACAUACAGAUCUUUGUGAAGAUGUCUGAAGAACAGCAGAAAAGCAACAUUUGUUACAGGAAGCAGCCAACUAAAACAGAUUCUGAGCCCAUUUUCCAAGUGUCAGUUGAUACAAUAAAAGCACUCAGAUGCCCCCAUAUCCAUCUCGGAUUCCAAAGUCCUUAUAUCAGAUUCCAGAUAUGGAGCUGCGGCUCUCCAUACAUGCACAGAAACAUAUCCUCAGAGGAAGAGCGGUAUCUGUGUCAGAAGAGCUAAGAACAUCUCUCAUAAUGACCUGUUCCACAGUUGUUCUACAAUUAAAUAAGACUAACAAGAAAUAAUGAUAGUUAUUACAUUACUUACUGGAAAAGGCCAUGUGUCCUUUGCUAGAAAAUGUGAAUGUGCACACAUCAACAGACUCAAAAUAAUGACCUACAGAGGUAAACUUCUAGCCACAGCAUAGAAGUGCAUUAACAUUCUGUUAAGUUUCUGACAGCACAUACCAAAGCAGUCUAUUCACACAUUUGCCAAAGCUCACUUUUAUAAAACCAAGGAGCAAUGUCUGAACUCAAUUCUUCCUCCUCCCUUUCCUCACUCCCUCACACAAACACACUUUUUUCAUUAGUAAAUGUUUCCAUUACCCUUCCCUCCAACUCAUCUGGCUCUUUUCCUUUUUGAGCCGUUUCCUACAUGCUGUUUCUGUGGGAAUCCCUUGCUCCUUUGUACACAGGGACAAAUCCCUACAAGUGAACCUGUAGCUUGCAUCUUUGGUGUUGUGAUGUGCUACAGGGUUACUUCUAGUAGCUUUACUUGAAGUGCUCAGAAAAGGAAAGCAAACACACAUGCUAUUAGAAGGCACCAAAAAACCUUGUUAUAUAUGAAAACAAGGGCAACCAGGGAAAAAGCAGAAUACAGGCAGUACUGAAAAAAAUGCCUGAAAGGGGGAAGAAAUACCUGAAAUGGGUUUUAACUCAUAAUUCUCAAUCCCAUUUCACCUUGGGAUGUCCAAAACCAAAAUCAAGACCUACAGCCCAAUUUUGCAAACCCACAACUUCAUCGCAAGCCUUACCUCAAAAAAUUUUGUUCGCUGCUGUCCUGUAGUCACACAUACCAGGUUAACCUGCCAAGCUAGGCAAUGACAAGCAAGUCAAAACCGCUGACUACUUCAAGCCACGUGACCUCAACUUUGCCCUCCAGGGGGCACUUGGCCACAGAGGGGUCUAACCUAGGUACUUCUAUCUUGUGACAGCUAGAGAGCUUAAACUCACCACUAUAUAUCAACACCUUCUGAGAGUAAAUUAGGAAAAGAAACUUCUCUGCAAACAUAUUUUAUUUUAAAUCUGUGGGUGUGACUUUGGCACUGCAUUGUUUCCCCCUUCUCCCCCACAAUCUAAAAAUAGCAGGAGUCCUUUGUAAAGUAUCCAGGGCAAAAAAUGAUAUGUACUAUAUAGGUUUACUUGCUCUGAUGGAGUAAAACAUCAAAUAGAAAAAUCUGUCUAAACUUGUUUCGAAAACUGCAUGGCCAGCUUAUGCAGUAGCUAGAUACGUGGCAAGGUUGCAGUGUUACUCUCCAAGGAGAAUACAGUAAAUAUGCUUAUAUAUUUUGUUUAUUUAUUGAGCAUUGUGUAGUCUCCAAGCUCUACUAUGAGAGGUAUGGGUAACUUCUCAUUGUCCUUCCUACUACAGAACACAGUAUUUAUCACAGAUGCAUACCGUACAGUGGCAUAGCUUAGGCCUGUUAUAUAGGUCAGUUUCUGCAAUGCACACAUGAGAACAUAGUUUGCCACUGCAAAGGAGAGUGGCUGUAAAAUCUAUUUUGGAUAACCCAAUUUAUAUUUGAGGAAAUCAAUGUGUGGUCAUUUCUAGAACUGUGAAUAUAAGGUAACUGCUGCAUGCUUGUAUAUUUGAUGAGUUUUAUUAUACUAUAUCCUUAUAUGAAUGCCUAUGCAGUGUAAAUGCUUUAAUAUGAGAUACCUAAUGGUUUUUUACACAUUAUUUUCUAAUGAUGCUACAUUUUACUGCAUGUUUAUCCAUUUUUUGUGUUGGUAUAAAGUGCAACCAGGAAGACAUAUGAUUUUAGUAACUUAUACAGCAACCAUUCAAAUCCAUUAUAAAAACAUGUUCUUAGAUAAAGACUUUUAAACUUGGCAAGCAAUGUGCUUCCUUUAGACAAUGUGCUUGGUUCACAGCAAUACCUGUGUAAUUAAUGUUUAUUUGUAAAAUCACGGAGCCUGUAAAUGGGGCUAUCAAUUCUGCUGCAAACUAUGUCAGUAAGUUUUGAUACCUUUGAAAAUGUAACUCAUCCUACUUUUACUAGAAGAACAGAUGAGACCCAUCCUGAUUCAAUUUGAAAACUAAUGCUCUGACUUAAAAGAGUCUAAAACUGAGCAGCUAUUGUGUUCAGUGCUGCAGGCUGACAGGCAAUGUAGCAACCUUUUUUUAACAAUACAUUCUCAUACCCUUAAUAUAACGAGUUCAUAUUAUGUUAUGGUAAAUUGGGCCCACUGUUUACAGAGUUACUAAAUGUAACCAAAGUUCAGUGUACCUGACUGACUUGAGCUGAUUCAUUCUUUUGGAAGAAAAAGAGGCUAACAGGGUUUUUGCUGGGGCUUUUGGGAGGUGGUUUGGUACAGAAGAAUGCUGCUGUUGUACCAGUGCAUUUUGAAGGUGAAGAAGUCACUGGCUGAAGGACUUGUGGCUAAGGCACUGUCAGUGUUUGAAAGUGGGUAAUAUAUUACACUGCUGCAAACUAAGUUACCAAUGAUAUAAACACUAAAUCAAGAAAGAGUAAUGCAUUAAAGCUAUGUAAAUAUUGAUUUUAAUGCUGCAGCAUCAGAGCCAUCAUUUUUCACCGCUUUGAUAUCCAAGGAUUCAUAGUAUUACACAGAACGUAUUUCAUCUGCUUCAUUUUUCAGUUUCAAUAUUUUCAUUCAAAGCAAAGUAACUCCUGUUUCUUUGUACUGCACUGAAAUAAAAGAAUUUUGUUUCAGUAUAUAA